GUCGAUAAGAGUUGGAAUAGAGAGGUCUGUAAGUUACUGAAGAUCCACUGAGCGCUUGCUUCACCUCCGCCGGCUGCUCAUAAAGCGGGGCGCCAACGGACGACGACCAUCUUCUCCUUCUCAUCCCGAAUCUGGGCAAGCUCGUCCUGCUUUCUCCUUCUACGCGACCUCUACUCUUUGCUUUCUCUUCUGAACGACCCCGAAACGUCUUGUUCCGCCUAUCUGCGGCAGCCCGAUAGUGCCCCGCCACCAGAUUCAGCUUCUCCCACCGGACCCUGUCUCACGACCGUAAUCUACCCUACCUGGACGGCUCAGCCCCGCUUGACCUGGCUCUCUAACAUGUCCACGUCGUCGCCCUCGCGCCUCAGCGGGUGCUGUGAGCGCUGUCGCUCGGCCAAGUACACCCUGCUCGCGCUCUCCCUCGUAUGGGCAACACCAGCAAGUGCGGCGCCCGCAGUCGCCCAGGAAUUAGUCGGGAGGGAUGGUUCAGAUAGCAUGGCCGAUGCUGGGCCUGCCGCAGUAGCAGUAUGGAUUCCGAUCGUUGGCGUCGGGCUCUUCAUCUUCGCGAGCGCUGUGGCAUACCGCAUGCGGAAACGAUCGGUCACGCCGACGCGCACGACCUCGGCGACGAGCCAGGCGUCAUCCCGCCAGUCUCUGCUGAGCCGGAUGCGCGCAUGGAGCUCGAGGCCGGUCACGGUCCCCGGAAUGCAGGCUCGCGAGCUCACGGCCGAGCAGCUCGCUGGUACCACAGGGCGCAGUAAUCGACGGCGGCGGCCCAACAGCACCGCGUCUACGCGCUCGACGAGGAGCUUGCCGCUGUACAUGAAGGAGCCUGGGGAGCAGGAGGUCGUCGUCUUCAGGGGCAGGGAGGACCUCACCACGGGAAGCGCUAACGCGCUGCUCUCGCCCGUGCAAGAAGGCGCGACGCCCGACACGCGCCGUGACAGCAUGUCGAGCCUUGCGGAACCCGACACACCACUGCUCGACAACGCGAUCCCGCUCACGCGCGCACGGACGGAAGAUUCGCCUCUACCGUCGUCGAUCCCGAUGCGCACCGUCAACGUCCGGCCGAGUAUGGAUACGGUGGGCGGCAUCAGCGAGGAGUCCGCAGGCAGUGAGGACCAGCACGAUCACGAGCGGGAACGCGGUCCUGCGCCCCCGUAUCGCGAGUCCAUCAGCGUUGAUCAAGACUCGGGAAUUGCGAUCGACGAUUCUACGGACGCCGGUCACGGCGAGAGCGCCCCUGCUGUCAGCGCGGACACCUCAGCAGACGCAGACCGCUCCUCUGCACAGCGUGGGAGCGGGGGUACGCUCCGUCGGCCGCAUCUCUUCGGGCGCGGCGAGUCUUCGUCGGGCACCGCUUCUGCCCUGUCCGUUCCGCGCCUGCUCUCGCUCUUCAAUCCCGGUCGCCAGAACACCGGUGGCGAGGGCGGCGUCGAAGGCCUGCCUCGAUCAUCGGAUCCCGUUCCCGCCCCCGUUCCCCCGACGCCACCGUCGCCCACCACGCCCCGACGUCGCCCGCGCGGCGCCACCGUCGCCACGCCGCCUGGGUCACCGCGCCCCGGUUCUGCAGGUUCGCCGUAUCGCACGCACCGACCUUCGCACUCAGGCUCGACGUCUGGCCUGUCUGCCGUGUUCCGCACACGUUCGAACACGUCUGGGACCGCGCUCGGUACAGCGCUCACGUCGCCCUCGACACUGUCUGUGCACUCGAUCUCGGCGCCACUCACGCACACUGUCAUCCGGACGGAGCUGACGUAUCCACGGACUGGUCCGACGCCUGACCAGAUGAAGCUGUUGGCGAGCGUCGAGAGCUUCAAGCGGUUCGGCAUGCCGUAUGGCCCGGAUGCGAUUGCAUUUGCCGCGAGCACGAGUCGGGUGGACCUGUUGCCGCCGCCGCCAGUCUUCGAAGAGGUCGUGGGCCACAGUGAUACUGCCGAGAACGAGGCGGGUACAUCUGCAGCGAGGUCAAGUGGCGAGGACGCUGUGCAGGAAGUUCAGGAGGACUCACCUGGAUCUUCACCGUCAAGCAGUCCAGACCCGUCACUGCAGAUACCGCCAAGUGAGCCUGCAACCGUCGGGGGUGCUCAUGAAGACGAUGCUGCGUCACCACCGGAGGCCGCUGACAGUCCAUCCGAAGAUGGCCCUUCGCAGGAGCCAGCUACGGAGGAGGCAUCGGCCAAGGCGCCCCCGACCUUGUCGCCGUACUUGCCUGCCCAAGUUACACCUGCCCAGCCGAAGGAGCCUAUGACAGCGGACGCUGUCAAGAAGAUCCUCCGGCCUUUGGCUCCACCUUCGUCGUUCAAAUCUGCUUCCGUGCCUGCCCCUCUAGCAACACCUGGCUCCGCGAGUUCCUACAUGACAUUCGCAACCGCUCAGGAAGGCGAGUCAGUACCCCCGACACCGGCCCCUGAUGCUGAGGGCCUGACUGUCACUGUUACGGGCGACGAGGACGCAGAAGGGCAAGGGGAGUCCGAACUCCCAUCCCAAUACUCGUCGGCUACUCCGAAGAAUGAACUCCGGCCUCUGCCUGAUGACGGUGCGAAUACGACGAUCCAGAACGACGAAGACACGAAACCCCAAGAAGCGGAAACGACGACAGAAGAGGCUGUGGCGGUGUCCUCGUCAGACAAAGCGAUUCCUCGCAAAUCUCUAGACACGACUUCGAUCAUGUUGCCGCCGCCGCAGGCGGACGCGCCCCCAGUUGUGGCUGCGCAAUCUGAAGCGGUGGCGGCGUGAUCUUCACGACGCGACGAUGCGAAUGCUAGAUCUAACUCCUGUGUGUACUACUAGGGCAGCUUGGUUGGUUCGUUCCUCUCCAUGCGCUGCAUUUGUCCUUUACGCUUGCAUCUGGACUGUGUCCUUAUUCCUACUUGCGGAUCAUCUAUUAUUCGACUGCCCAUACGAUCAUCACCCUUGCCUCGGUCCUCUCCCCUUCCCGGGGAGACGGUCAUCAGCUAUGCUUCCUACAAUUGCAGCUGACGUUCCGACGGCACCCGCCUGCCUCCGGGGCUCAGUUCACCUUCGCUACUUGCUAUCAGCACGUACUAGUGUAGUCCCGCCCGCAUUAGACCCUCAUCCAUCGCGACACCUAUAACCAGGGAAUGUUUUCACAUGCAUACAUAUGGCUUUCUGCAAUCGUUGGCUCCCAAGCUGCGU